AUGGCCUCUGUGGCAGUGAUUCCAGACUCCUACAACCAUGUGUUGGCAGAGUUCGAAUGUUUGGAUCCGUUGCUUUCUGCGCUCAGGCUGGAUUCCAGUCGUCUGAAGUGCACAUGUGUAUCUGUGUCAAAGAGAUGGCUGGCUCUAGGCAGUUCAGGAGGAGGACUGAAUCUUAUACAGAAAGAUGGUUGGAAGCAAAGACUCUUUCUCACUCAUAAGGAAGGUGCCAUUUCCCAGGUUGCCUGUUGUUCACAUGAUGAAGACUAUGUUGCUGUUGCCACCAGCCAAGGUCUUGUGGUAGUCUGGGAGCUGAAUCAGGAACGUCGAGGGAAGCCAGAACGGAUUUAUGUUUCCUCUGAGCAUAAAGGCAGAAAAGUCACAGCUAUGUGUUGGGAUACAACUGCCCUUCGUGUUUUUGUAGGAGAUCAUGUGGGAAAAGUAUCAGCCAUCAAGAUCAACACAUCGAAACAAGGGAAGGCCGCUGCUACUUUUGUGAUGUUUCCAGUUCAGAUUAUAACCACUGUGGAUUCUCGGGUUGUUCAGCUUGAUUAUUUGGAUGGAAGACUGCUCAUAUCGUCCCUUACACGGACUUAUUUGUGUGAUACCGAGAGGCAAAAGUUCUGGAAAAUUGGUAACAAAGAAAGAGAUGGAGAAUUUGGAGCAUGUUUCUUCCCUGUUGGAAAAAACAAUGGGAAUCAACAGCCAUUAAUAUACUGUGCUCGACCUGGCUCAAGGAUGUGGGAGGUGAACUUUGACGGGGAGGUGCAAAGCACACAUCAGUUCAAGCAGCUGCUCUCAUCACCACCUCUCCCCGUUGUUACUCUCAGGCUGGAUCCUCAUUAUACUAGUUCCAGCUGCUCUCCGCAAUCUCUGUCUUUCCCAAAGUUACUGUAUUUAACUGAACACUGUGUGAUGACCUGGACAGAAAGAGGCAUUUAUAUUUUUCUCCCCCAAAGUGUUCAAGUCUUACUCUGGAGUGAAGUAAAAGAUAUUCAAGAUAUUGCAGUUUACAAAAAUGAGUUGUUCUGUCUGCAUACAAAUGGAAAAGUUGUGCACCUCUCCCUUCUGCUGGUAGACCGCUGCAUAGAGCGUCUGAUAAGAAGAGGGUUCUGGACCCUUGCUGCCAGGGUCUGUUCUCUCUUCCAAAACUCAGUCAUUUCUUGCAGAGCAAGAAAAAAUUUGCCUCUAGACAAGCUGGAGCACUUGAAGUCUCAGCUGGAUGCCUCAACCCAACAAGAUCUUAUUAUGCAACUGGAAGAACUAAUUUCAAAGUUGGAACCUCUAGACUCUGCGUGCAGCAGUAGAAGGAGCAGUAUUUCAUCUCAUGAAAGCUUCAGUGUCUUAGACUCUGGAAUAUAUCGUAUUAUUGGUCGAAGAGGCAGUCAGUCAGAUGAAGAUUCGUGUUCUCUCCACAGUCAAACGUUCUCAGAAGACGAGAGACUUAGAGAAUUUCCUGCACACCAGGAAGAUGAGCAAGUAGAACUUGACAAUGUAUCUCAUGCGUCCGUGACGGUUGAGGCUGACCGGAAUGAGACGUUUCUCCCAUUCAAUAUUCCUUUGUCAUUUCGUUCCCCAUCUCCUCUCGUCUCUCUCCAAGCUGUCAAAGAAAGUGUUUCCAGCUUUGUACGCAAAACUACCGAAAAGAUUGGCACGCUUCAUAUAAGUCCUGAUGCUAGAGGGAGGCAAGAAGCAAAGAGUGAUGAGCAGCUGCAGGAGCUGACUGUUAAUCUGGUAGCAUCUCCCCAGGAAGAGAAAGAGUUAGAACCACAGAGCUGCCAGCUUCCCGAGGAGGACCAUCUAAGAGAUCUCAAGACUGCCACUGCAGAAGCUAUAGCCAAACUCCAGGAUCCCCUGGUUUUGUUAGAACCACAGUGUAUGAGAAGGGUUUUACAGGAAUGGCUUGUCUACCUAGAAGAAAAGUUUGGCAGCAAAGAGCAUUCUCCUCCCUCUGUUAAGAAAAGCGAGACUGCGUGUGCUGAAGAAGAGAGGGCAGUCCUGGAGGAAAACCUGCACCUGGAUCCAGCUGGUGGAGACUCAGCAGAUGAAGAGCAGAGCAGUAUCUUCAAACACUGCACUGAAAAGGAAAAUACUGAUGAAACCUGUGUAAGCAAAACCAUGUGUGAAAAUAGUGCUGAUUGGAAGGGACCUUCAGACUGCAGCUUUCAGUUGUCUCCUCCAUGUGUCCUAGAACCAGAAGUUCAGAAAGAUCUCACUGAGUUGACAACGCUGUGUUUUGAGCUGCGUGUAUUUUCUUGUGGAAGUGGUGAGGCGGAGGAAAGCUGUGAUGGAACUCUGCCGCUAGCAGCUUCGUGGACGUUGGCUUGUAGGUUUAUGCGAAGCUACUUCUUUCUUUUGGAUUUAAAAAGACUAAAGCAGUGUAUUAUAACCACGUAUGCAACCAGUCCUAAUGUAUGGGAAACAUACAUGGCAGGAUUGAAAG